AUGGUAAGUGGAACGGGUCCAGCACCGAAUCAGGCCGACACUGUAGCAUUCUGGCGCGGCCUGUGGUCAGAGCCCAUAAACCACAGCGAGGGCCCUUGGACGGAAGUUGUGGCGAGUCAGUGUGCGAGUAUAACGCCCAUGGACCCCGUCAUUAUAACGCCGGAUGACGUAGCUGAGGCGGUCCGUAGGGCCCCGAACUGGAAAAGUCCGGGACUCGACGGGCUGCAUCACUACUGGCUGAAGGGGUUUGUGCCGGAUAUAACGCAAAAACUGACGGAGCGCGUAGAUGAUCUGAAGCAGAGAAUCGCUGCUUGGGGAAAGCGGAUUCGGCGAUAUACCGAGAGGUCGACACGGUUCAACCAGAAUCGUCUCUUCCAGAGUGAUCAGAAGAGGCUCUAUGAAUCAUUGGAGCGACCAAUGGUAAGUGGAACGGGUCCAGCACCGAAUCAGGCCGACACUGUAGCAUUCUGGCGCGGCCUGUGGUCAGAGCCCGUUAACCACAGCGAGGGCCCUUGGACGGAAGUUGUGGCGAGUCAGUGUGCGGAUAUUACGCCCAUGGACCCCGUCAUCAUAACGCCGGAUGACGUAGCUGAGGCGGUCCGUAGGGCCCCGAACUGGAAAAGUCCGGGGCUUGACGGGCUGCAUCACUACUGGCUGAAGGGGUUCAUGGUGUGUCACUCUGUGCUCGCCCGACAGUUUCAAGAGGCUCUCAACCAGAAGUCGCUCCCAAGCCUCUUCACUACUGGGAUCACUCAUUUGGUUCCUAAAGACCAGGGUACCACAGACCCGAGCAAAUACCGCCCAUCACAUGUAUACCGACCAUAUACAAGACACUAA